CUGAAAAAAGGAAGAAAAAAAAAGGCCGUAUACUUAGUGCAUAUAUGUUCAUCAAUCUGAAAACGACAUUCGUUUUCCCCCGAUAUACAACUCUAUACCGGAAGAGAGAACCCGAUGCGACGAGUCUAAAAUAUUUGGCAGCGUAAGCGACGCGUUAUUUUGGAAGAACGAGAGAAGAAGAUAGGUAGCUGAGCAGGAGAGGAGACCAUGGAUGCGGCGGCUUAAUUCAAUCCCUUUUCUUCCUGUAAUUAUUAGUUAAUUAUCAUUUACGCGCUUAAGGAAAUACUUAUAUAGUAAUAGUUAAUAGAUGCUAUAUAUAUAGCUGUGCAAUAGGAGUCUGGGGUUAUAUAAACUGAGCAGCUGAGCUCAGAUUUCUCGUCUCAGUAUUGUCCUAACUUAGCAUUGCAGCCAGUGAUCCACCAUGAGCUACCAGGCUCCUCCUCCCGGCACUGCAGCGUACCCGCCGCCAGGGACGGCGUACCCCCCACCGGGCCAGCAGGCGUACCCCCCACCGGGCCAGCAGGCGUACCCGCCGCCGGCGUACGGAGCACCGGCGCCCGUCGCCGCCGACUACCCGCCCAAGGACUACGGCGCGUACCAGCAGCCGCCGCCGCCGCCGCCGGACACGCAGAGCCGCGGCGACGGCUUCUGGAAAGGAUGCUGUGCUGCGCUCUGCUGCUGCUGCCUGCUCGACAUGUGCUUCUGAAUUCUGACGAGAUCAGGACUACUGUAUCAACAAGACAGCGAGGAUGAUCUGCAGUGCUCCUGAACACAUCAUUUGUGAUGCGUUGUGAUCAAUAUUUUAAGUAUGUGGUGUCAUGUGCAUCGAUCUAGUACGUAGUUACUGUUCUUGGAUCAUUUGGAGGAGUUUUUAUGUCUAGUCGAAUUUAUCAUUUGGAGUUCUCUGUCUCGUCGAAUUUAAAGGUGAAUCCAUUUUGUAUCAUUGUAAAUCGGGCCACUUCAGUUAUCUAUGAUUUGGAUUUGUACUA